AACUUCACAGAAAAUGGCGAUUUCGUUCCAGUCGUGUUCAUUAGAUCUUCAACUGCUGUGCAGAGUGUUCCCAGAUGAGACACCCUAGUGCUAUCAAAAAGUGAACAUUUAAGAGAAGGUAUUCCACAUUCGUUGAAAUGAGUGAAAUGUACCCAGAUUUGGUCGAUUUACAAGAAGAUUUGAAGAUGGGCGAGGACAAUGGAUCCGAUCCGCAAGAUGACGUCGUUAAACAGGAUGCGUGCGCACCAGGCAUGGCCGAUUCGUGCACGAACAUGAUCGAAGGAGAACUUCCGGUGAAGAAGAGGAAGACGAGGCGCGGGAAAUCCAAACGCAGGCAUCCCUACUUGAAGAACCCGAGAAAGUCCAACAAACUCGUGAAACCAGAAGCGCCGCAUAACGAUAACCAAUUUUUGCUGGAAGAUCAUGGCUUCAACGAGGAACUGGACAAAAAUCUCAACAGAAACCGCGAUUCCAGCUUCAGCGUUGAUUCCCAAGGCGAUUUUUACUCGUCUCCAGAUGACGAGGAGCUGUUUCGGAUCAAGGACUUCGACGACCAAUACGAGAGUCUCCAAGCGGAGCGCUUGCAGGGGCUAUCGAAGACCGAGCUCAUCGAGGAGUACCUCAUGCUGGAGAACAAGCUGGAACAGUUGACGAAGCGGCUCCAGAAGCAGGAAGAUGACGACUUGGAAGAUCCAGAACUGAAGCAGGAGCUUGAGAGACUCACCAUCGAGAAUGAGCGUCUGAGAAGAGAGAAUGAAACAUUGCGUGCCAAGUGUACUUCUGAUUCAGAGGACUCUGAGACUGAUUCCAGUGACUCUUGCAGUGGCACCUCAAAUACCAAUAGUAGCAGCAGUUCCGGCUCUAGUCGGUCCAGAAGUCCCUUGCCUCACAAAAGGGAUGAACUUGGUAAAGUGGACACACAAGUUUUGUAAAAAUAAUGGACUGUUUCAUAAGUUAUUUUUAUAUUUUUUGCACCCCCUAUGUAAAUAAGUGAUAUGUAAUUUUUCUAAUAUUUCUGCAGAAUUCACUGACCUAAACAGCUUUUCACUCAUCUUUCCAAUAAAUGUUUCUGUAAAAUCUUAGAAGGUAUGUGCAUAGUAAGUUUUAUCUCAACACAUGUUAUAUAGAGAUGCCAAAAAAUGAUAGAACAAGCAUAAUUUGAAUAAUUUACUUCUUAAAUCUGAAUUGAAUUUCUCAUUUGGAAACAUGUAUAAUUUUUGAACAACAAAUAAUUAAUUAGCAGCUUGUGAAAUUGGACCCUAGAAUUUUAUCAUAUUGAUAAUAUCCAUGAUGAUAUAUUAUAUUUUAUGUCAUACAUUUUGUUAGAUCUAUAGCUUGGUGUAAAGAUUCUCAGUCUAUAAUCAUUCAGAAUAGAACAUUUCAAAUACUGGUGGAAUCACUGAUAGACUUGAGUUUGACAAACUUAUGAAUAAUUUAGCAUCUUUUUUUACCAUUGUGUAGAUAUGUAGAAUAAAAUAUAUAAAUGUAAGAUUAAUUCAAUAAAAUUGUAUUAAAGUACCU